AUGCGGGGCCUGCUGCUCUGGGCGGGCUGGCUGCUGGCCACCGGCUGCCUGGUGGGUGCCACGGGCAGCUGCCGACAGCGGUGCUGCCCCGGCAGGAACAACGCCUGCUGGACCCCCGGUGCCCGCCGGGCUCGCUGCUACUGCGACUCGUACUGCCAGAGGACGGGAGACUGCUGCCGGGACUACCUGGCCACGUGCCGCCGUGCCGAGGUGGGCUGUGCUGUGGGGCCCUGGGGACCGUGGAGCGGGUGCAGCUCCCGGUGCGGGGUUGGCAGCAGAGCCCGCAGCCGCCAGGUCACUGUCCCCCCCCGGCACGGAGGGGAUCCCUGUCCUGACCUCAAGCAGCGCCGCGGGUGCCUGGGGCAGCACCCGACCUGCGGGACGGCCAAAGAGGUAGCCAAGAUACUCCCCAACUCCUUCAGCCAGGACUUCAGAGAUCCCUGGCGAAGAGCUGGGCUGCCACUGACGGAGGAGCCCUCUGGCUCCCCCUUCCCCAGCUACUGCGGCUAUUUCCGCCUGACUCAGGUGGGAGCCCCGUGCCUCGGGCAAGCCUGGAGCCGCCGGCUGCACCGGGACAAGCGGGUGUGUGUGGAAUGCUGGGGGAAUCUGUCCCACCGCCGUCCCCACUGCAAUGGGCACGGGCUGCAAGGAGCCAGGACAUUUUGGGUGGCCGCUUCUGUGGUGGGAUGCCAGGGCUCAUGGGUACAGGAGGGCCUGCAGGAGGGCUGUGUCUGCUCCCCACCAGCUCUCAUCUUCGUGUAGGGUUCCCCCUGAGAAGGUGAGCUGAGCCUCCACUCCUUGCUGGGAAGGUGGGGAAUGAAAUAAAAAUGUGGUCUCUUUCAUAAUUUCACCCUCCUGCAGGUUUGGUGCUCACCCUUGCUGCCCUCUGUUUUUCCAUUAAAUAUUUUCCUGAAGAAUGGAAAAACCUUUCUUAUAAAGACUAAAAAUAAGGAAAUUGCUAAAGUGUGGUGAUUAAUGGUAGAAGAACAGCAUGAUGAGGUAAAGUCUGGGUGAGAGGAUGAUGUGGUGGUGACAUGGUGUGAUGAUGUCACGCCCAGCCAUGACAUUGUAUUUUCAACGAGCUGCACCUGGCAAGCAACGUGAGGAAGGAGGCAGCAUCCUUCCUCUUGUCUGAGCUCACCCACUGCAGUACCAGAUAAGCCACGCAGGGCAGUUCAGCCCUGCUGGGCUUUGCAGAGAGAAAUUAAACAGACACCCCAAGUCUGCACAUGGGCGAUGGUGCUGAUGUCCAGUUCCAGCCAUAGGGCUCGGCAGCCCCCACUGGAAGGAAUGAGGCUGGGCUGGGUGGUGCUGCUGCCCUUCCCCACUCCUCGUCCAGCACCACACGACCUUGCUGCUGGAUUCCCUGCUCCAGCUUUGGGUGGUACCACAGCCUGUGGUGGGAGCACGUGCCAUGCCAGGGCUGGAUCUUGCUCCACAGCAGCCAGUGGCUGUUGCCUGUUUGCUGCCCCAGGACACAUCUGGCUCCUGCAGCUCACUCU